AGAGACUUUUGUGGCAAGUUGAAAUCACCAACAGCCAGACAUCAAAUGAAGAAAUUAUUGAAAUCCUCAUCCUGCAGUUUUAUUGAGACUCUGACUGAAGACUAGCCUCAGCAACAGAUGAUCUUAUUCCAUAUAAUUAAAAGCAGUAAAGCCUACUUGAAGUGUCCCAUGUCAGGACUCAGUGACCUUUGGGGAUGUGGCUGUGAACUUCACCCAGGAAGAGUGGACUUUGCUGGAUCCUUUUCAGAAGAACCUAUACAUUAAUGUGAUGCUGGAAACCUGCAGUAACCUUGCUUCUGUGGGAAUCAAAUCAGAAUACCAGACCGUUGAAGAGCAGUAUAAACAUCCUGGGAGAAAUCUAAGGAGCAUCAUAUCUCACCCUGGAUAUACACAUAUGCUUGAGGAAUAUGGAAAGAAGCAGUAUAACUCCAAUUCUCUCACAACUAUUCACAUAUACAUGGGAGCCCACACUGUGAGUGGAACUUUUGAAUAUGAAGUAUAUUCAAAAUCCUUUGGUUUUCCAAGUUCAUGUGGAAUAUAUCAGCAAAUUCACAGUGGAGAACAGCCUCAUAAGUACAAUCAAUAUGAAACAGCCUUUAUUUGUCCCAGUUCAUUUUGCAUUCAUGGAGGAACUCACAUCAAAGACAAACCUUCUGAAUGUAAACCAUGUGAUACCACUCUAAGUUCUUUCAAUUACCUGCCAUUUCACAGUGGAACUCCUAAUGGAGAAGAGCAUUCUGAUUGUACACAGUGUGGUAAAACAUUCCAAGGUCACAAUUCCCUUCAAAGACAUGAAAUAAUUCAUGCUGCAGAGAAACCAUAUGAAUGUAAACAAUGUGGUAAGUCAUUCAUUUAUCCUUAUUUACUUAAAAUGCAUGAAAGGUAUCAUACUGGAGAGAAACCUUAUAAAUGUAAGAUUUGUGGUAAAGCAUUUCGUUGUUCCUGUUUCCUGAAAAAACACAAAAGAUCUCACACAGGAGAAAAACCCUUUAAAUGUAAGCAAUGUGCUAAGCCCUUUAGAAGUCUCAGUAAUCUUAGAGUACAUGAAAGAACGCAUAGUGAAGAAAAAUCCUAUGAAUGUAAACAGUGUGGUAAAGCUCUAAGAAGCCAUAGUUCCCUUCAAAGACAUAAAAUAGCUCAUGCUGGGAAGAAACCCUAUGAAUGUAAACAGUGUGGUAAGUCCUUCAUUUAUCCCUAUUUACUUCAAACCCAUGAAAGAUCUCAUACUGGAGAGAAACCCUACAAAUGUAACAUAUGCAGUAAAACCUUUCGUUGUUCUUCUUUCCUGCAAAGACAUGAAAGAACUCAUACAGGGGAAAAAUCCUACAAGUGUAAGCAAUGUGGUAAAGCUUUCAGAGGUCAUAGUUCCCUUCGAUUACAUACAAGGUCUCACAGUGAGGAGAAACCAUAUAAAUGUAAUAUUUGUAAUAAAGCCUUUCUAUGCCCCUCUUUCCUCCGAAGACAUGAAAGAACUCACACCAGGGAAAAGCCCUAUGAAUGCAAGCAGUACAGCAAAACCUUCAAAGGUCAGAGUUCUCUUCAGUUACAUGAACGAUCCCAUACUGGAGAGAAACCCUAUAAAUGUAAGAUCUGUAGUAAAGCCUUUCUAUGUUCCUCUUUCCUUCAAAGACAUGAAAGGACUCACUGUGAAACAAAACCCUAUGCAUGUAAACAGUGUGGUAAAGACUUUAAAGAUCAAAAUUCCUUCCAAAGGCACAAAAUUUCUCAUGUUGGGGAAAAAUCUUAUGAAUGUAAACGGUGUGGUAAGUCCUUCAUUUAUCCAUGUUUACUUCAAGUUCAUGUAAGAACACACACUGGUGAAAAACCCUAUGAAUGUAAACAAUGUGGUAAAGCAUUCAGAAGCUUGAGUUACCUUCAUAUACAUGAAGGAAAUCACACUGAAGAAAAACCCUAUGAAUGUAAACAGUGCGGUAAAACUCUCAGUUGUUCUAGUGCCCUACAGUUACAUAAAAGAAUACACACUGGAGAAAAGCCCUAUGUUUGUAAACAGUGUGGGAAAGCCUUCAGGGGUUUCAGUUACCUUCGAGUACAUGAAAGGACUCACACCGAAGAAAAACCCUAUGAAUGUAAACAAUGUGGGAAAACUCUCAGUUGCUCAAGUUCCCUUCAACUACAUCAAAGAACCCAUACUGGAGAAAAACCUUAUGAGUGUAAGCAGUGCGGUAAAGCCUUCAGAGGUCUCAGUCGUCUUCGAGUACACGAAAUAAUUCACACUGGUGAAAAACCCCAUGAAUGUAAACUAUGUGGUAAGGCUUUCAGAUAUCAUAGUUUACUUCGAGUACAUGAAAGAACCCACACUGGUGAAAAACCUUAUGCUUGUAAACAAUGUAGUAAAGCCUUCAAAAGUCUCAGUAAUCUUCAAAUACAUGAAAAAACUCAUAGUGGUUUCUAUGAAUGUAAACAAUGUGGCAAAACCCUCAGUUCUUCCAAUUCCCUUCAAGUACACAAAAGAGCACAUACUGGAGAAAAAUCUUAUGUAUGUAAACAAUGUGGCAAAACCUUUAGACGUUUCAGUAAUCUUCAGGUACAUGAAAAAACUCAUGCUGAAGGAAAACCCUAUGAAUGUAAACAAUGUGGUAAGUCCUUCAUUUAUCAGUAUUUACUUGAAAAACAUGAGAAGUCUCAUACUGCAGAAAAACCCUAUAAGUGCAUGAUAUGCAGUAAAGCCUUUAUUUGCCCUUCUUUCCUUCAAAGACAUGAAAGAAUACAUAGUGGAGAAAAACCCUAUGAAUGUGUACAAUGUGGUAAAGCAUUCAAAAGCCUCAGUUCCCUUCAAUUACAUGAAAGAGCCCAUGCUAGAGAAAAGCAUUAUGACUGUACACAGUGUGGUAAAACCUUCAGAUGUCACAGUCUCCUUCAGGCACAUGAAAGAACCCAUACUGGUGAAAAACCCUAUGAAUGUGAAGAAUGUGGCAAAACCUUCAAAAGUGCUAGUUACCUUCGAAUACAUGAAAAAACUCAUAGUGGUUUCUAUGACUGUAAACAGUGUGGUAAAAUUCUCAGUUGUUCAAGUUCUCUUCAAUUACAUGAAAGAACUCACACUGGAGAAAAACCCUAUGAAUGUAAACAGUGGGGUAAGGCCUUCAGAAGUCAAAGUUCCCUUCGAAGACAUGAAAGAAUUCAUGCUGGAGAGAAACCCUAUGAAUGUAAACAGUGUGGUAAGUCCUUCAUUUAUCCAUGCUACCUUCAAAUGCAUGAGCGGUCUCAUACUGGAGAGAAACUCUAUAAAUGUAAUAUAUGUAGUAAAGCUUUUCUUUAUCCCUGUUUCCUUCAAGUGCAUGAAAGAAUUCACACUGGUGAAAAGCCUUACGAAUGUAAACAGUGUGAUAAAGCCUUCCGAAGUCAUAGUUCCCUUCAAAUGCAUGAAAAAAUUCACACAGGAGAAAAACCCUAUGAAUGUAAACAGUGUGGUAAAGCUUUGAUUAGUCAUAGUUCUCUUCAGAGGCAUAAAAUCGCUCAUGCUGGAGGAAAACGCUAUGAAUGUACACAAUGUAGUAAAUCCUUCAUUUAUCCAUAUUUACUUCAAAUUCAUGAAAGAUCUCACACUGGAGAGAAACCCUAUGAAUGCAAAGACUGUGGUAAAGCCUUUACAUGUUACCGCUCCCUUCGAAAACAUGGAAAAACACAUAUCUGAGGAAAAAACCUUAUGUGUGCAAACAAACAUUCAAGAAUGUUUAGAAUUUCUAGUUCUCUUCAAAUAUGUGGAAGUACUGGGAAAAGAGCUAAUGAAUAUAAAACAAAUGGUGAAGGUUUUAGGAUUUGUUUGUUUGUUUGCUUGCUAUGGAAAGCUUGGGAGGACCCACUGGAGAAAAUUCCAUGAAUCUAAGAAAUGUCUUAAGAUCUUCAGUUCUAUUUGAAGACAUCAAAAUAUCUGGUGUUAAACCCCAUGAAUAAAUGGAAUAUGAUAUUCAUUUCUCAAACAUUUACUCAAAUACAUAAGCUAAUGUGCCAUGAAGGUAGUCCUAUAGAAACAGGGGCUGAAACUGCUGCAGGUUGGAAAGUAAAAAAAAAAAAGUAAAAGCUCAUAUGUAACCACACUAAAAAUCAUGUGAUAACUCUAAUUGUGAGAAGAAUCCUCAAGUUUAUGUAUGUUGAAAUACUGAAGCAAAUCAUGCUCAAAGUGUCAUAGCAUGAAUAAUCAUAGUCAUAGCUGUGUAAUUUGUGAAUGUCUAGUGUUUAUCAGUGAUUGGAGUUUGAAGAAGAUCCCAGCAGCACCUGAUAGUGCAGAUCUGUACUGUUGGGUACUUUGGAUUUGAAUCAGAAGAUAGUAAGUUCAAAAGGCCUGUCCAAACUACUUAGUGAGGCCAAUCUCAAUAAAAAUUGGAAAAGAGAUAGGUAAGUAGCUCAAUUUUAGCACCAGUCUUCCAGUUUGAUUCCCAGUCCCACCAUCAAGAGAAGUGAGAAGGUCCCUAGGUGAUGAUUCUGUUUCUUUUGCAGGAAAACAUUGAGAUGAAGGUUUUCUAAGUGUAGACAUGUACUUUUAGCAACAGACAUAACUGGUGAUAUAGAUUAUUAGACAAUUUCCUAAUCAUAGUGUAUUCUUAUAGUGUAGCCUACCAUACACUUAAGCUAUAUGGUAUGACUUCAAGACUCUCUAGUCUAUGGAACAUUGCUUUAUUACAUAUUUUAGGCAUGGUACCAGUAGAUAUGUAUCAAACAAAUGAUUUGGCAUAAAAAUAAAUGUUCUGCCAAUGAAAAGUACUUACUGUGAGUAGAGUUUUUAGGACUAGAUUUUGUUCUAUCAGAGACUUUUAAGUGAAUAUAAAGUCAUAGGACAAAUUAAUCUUCUGUAAACUUUAUCAACUCUGUAGACUUAGUUUAUAGUAUAUUAAUGUUUUCUUAAAGAAUAAGUUUGCUAACUUUUUAAACUGUAUAAUUUUAAAAAUUAUACACAUAAUUAUAAAAAACUUGAUUUUUAUAAUAACACUGCUUAAAAUGUAACCAUUUUAUGAUUAUUUAAAACUUUAUUCUAUAAUUUUUGCAUUGUAUUAUUUUAAUUGUUUGUGAAAAAAGUUAUCAUUUAGAGCACUGAUGCAGGAGGUUGGUGUUUGUAGCUAUCACUGAUUACAUACUGAGACUAUAUAUAUAUAUAUAUAUAUAUAUAUAUAUAUAUAU